AUGUCUGACGUUGAGAGCAUUGCUGACGAAGUUGUGGCCCCUGUGGAGGAGGAGGAAGAGGUGAAGGAUUUGAUGACUGCGAUCCGGAAGGUGCUGAAGAACGCAUUGAUCCACGAUGGUCUUGUUCGUGGCCUGCACGAGGUGGCGAAGGCCCUUGACGCAAAGAAAGCACAAGUUUGCUUUUUGUCUGAAAGCUGCUCGGAGCCGGCGUACAAGAAGCUGGUCCAGGGCUUGUGCAAGGAACAUGGAAUCCCCCUGCUUGAUGUGACGGACAGCAAGGAACUGGGCGAAUGGGCGGGACUCUGCAAAGUCGACAAAGACGGUACCGCUCGCAAGGUCGUGGGUGCGUCGUGCGUGUGCGUCACCGACUUUGGCGAGGAGAGCGAGGCUCUGACUUUCCUCCAGAACCACAUCAAGACUCUCAGUUGA